AUGCUAGAGGCUACCACCAGGAUAUGCGAUUGGUCGGACGUCGACCUGGAUACGUUUCGCCGCCUGUCCGAGUACACCUACGAGGGGGACUAUACACUUCCUCCUCAUUGCCCGGGUACAAUGAACUCCGCUGUUGUCCCAGGCCCGGAGAUCGAUGAGGCCAAUGCCAGAGACACUGGGUUGUUCACGCCAGACUUUAUCGCGUACUGUCGACUAUACACCAUCGCCGACAAAUACUGCGUUGAACCACUAUGCAAGCUGGCUGUCAGUGAUUUACGCGAGAAGUUGCAAGUCUUCAAACUAUAUGAGCAUAAUUUCUCUGCAAUUGUCGAGCUUGUGCACUUCGUGUAUGCCAAUACGCCUCCGAGCUACGCAAACUACCACGAUUCUCUAAGGAUCCUGGUAGUCUCCUAUAUCACAUCAAUUGUUGGUGUAAUCGGUGAUUCUGACACUUUCAAAGACCUAGUGUGGGAAGGCGGUGAUUUCAUGCUCGAUCUUUUGGAGGCUACACACACAUUUGGUGCCACCUAA